CACUGAUAAUCAGAAGUGCUGCAUCUCUUAUGCUUGACCUCUUUGUUAUAGACAGCACGCACAAACUUCGAUUUUGGCAUGUACUUUGGGUGAUAUUGUAUCUGUGGUUUCCCAGGAAUAGAACGCUAGUUCUGGCUUAUCAUGCUCAAUGUUGCAACUCGUUUGAAGCAGUUAAAGCUGUCUCUUUCUGCUUGAAAGAGAAUCCUUAGAAUGCUAGUCCUGUUUGAAUUAAGGUUCCUGCUUUUCAUCCUCGCAUUUAGUCCUCAUCUUUGAACUGUAACCAGCUUCUUGCUUAUUUCCUAUAACAAUAUUUCUGUUGGUGGACUCGAUAUUCCAGAUAAGUUUUCAGAACAUGGACAUGGCUCAUAAACAUUGAUUAAAUCGCACACUGCACCCUGCACUCCAGCAUUUGUAGGUCACCCUGUUCGUUGCCUUGUUUGUUGGCAGAUCCUUUGCAAUUACUUUUGUCUGUUGGAACCCUCAGGAGCCAUAAGUUGUAUUUAUUGUUUUGAUGUACCGGAACUUGCAGAGGACAGAUUCAGUGUCAUCUCAGCAAUACAGAAUUGGGUGCCUCGUAGCGUUUCAGUGGCUGUUUUGUUAAUUUAAAAACUGCCUUUACCAGUUAGAGGCAAGGCUAUCUGUUCUUGGAAACUGAAAAUGCUGAUAUGUGGAUCUUGUCAGACCUGCACAUUGAACAUAUGCAGUUGUUAGCUGCUGGAAUUGUUUUCUUUCUCUCUCUCUCUCUCUUCAUAUCCACCAUUCUUUAUCUGCUUUGUAACUGGACAUCAGCUACCAGCUAUCACACGCACUGAAAGUUUUCAGCAUUAACGCAAUUGAUGAUAGUCUUAGUUUUCUGGUUCGUAAAGCCUUGUCUGAGUGGAUUUGAGCAAUUCAUGACUGCAUAUCUGACUAUGUGAUUCAAGUUCUUUUUGUCCAUUUAUUGUAUGGGCAGAUGCAUUGACAAAUUCAUCAUUUCUUGAUUGCUUAGUUGAGUGGGUUCUUUUGUCAGUUUGCCAACUGAAUGAUGAGCUACCAGAGAAGGAUCCUGGUCGAUGGAAAUUGUCAUGUCUGUUCUGUGUUGAUGAGGAUUGAUUAUUUUGAGAUGUUUGGUUGUGGAUAACUUGGUUUUAUGAUAGCCAUGGAGAUUGAUUACAUUUUGGGAUUAGGCUGGAACAUGAUCGUGUUCGAUAGAAUACCAGCAUAGAUGACCAUCUUAAGUGGGAUUUUUUAUGAAGAUUGAUGCAUUCAGGUUUAUGGAGGGCAUGUGAUGGUUAUUACGGAACCCCUAUCUUUGAUUGUGGCAAAUAGUGAUCAGAGCUCAACUUACUAGAUAUCAGUUACGGUUUAGAAGAUUCCUCUAUUUUCUUUAAGAACUCUUUGCAAAAUCAAACAUAUUGGGAUCCCUUAGUAUUCCAUAUUACAAAGUGAAAGUAAUGUUGGAAAGAGAUACAGGCCGUCCACGUGGAUUUGGAUUUAUUACAUUUGCAGAUCGUCGGGCCAUGGACGACGCUAUCAGGGAGAUGCAUGGACGGGACUUCGGUGACCGUGUCAUCUCGGUGAACAAGGCCCAACCUAAAAUGGGAGGGGAUGAUUCAGAUCAUGGCUACAGAGGAGGCUACUCAACUGGCAGCAGAGGAGGCUAUGGGGGAGGAGACAGGCCUGCUGGACAAGAUGAGUGCUUCAAGUGUGGGCGUUCGGGGCAUUGGGCUAGAGAUUGCCCUUCAGCUGGUGCCCGAGGUGGCGGUGGAGGUUUAUUAUCUUCACGUUCUAGGUUUGGAGGAGCUGGAGAUCGAGGGGAUCGUUUUGGUGGAGACCGUGAUCGAUACUUGGAUGAUCGCUAUGAUGGAGGACGCUAUGGUGACAGGGAUCGUUUUGAAAGUAGAGACAAGUAUGGGGGGCGUGAUCGCUAUGCUAGUGACAGGUACCCGCCACCCAAUGGAGAUCGAUUUGCUGGAGAUAGGUACAGUGGGUCAGAUCGCUAUGCACAGAAUGGCUAUGGCAAAGACAGGGGCUAUGAUAGGGAUGGUGGUCCACGAGGGGGCAGUGAUAGGUAUGGAAGUGGAGGGCCAUCACGCAAUGAUAGGAGCUACAAGAACAGGCCAGGACCUUAUGACCGCCCUAGCAGAGGAGGACGCCCAUCUUCCUUUGAGCGCUACUAAUUGUUAGCUUUGUGAUCAGUGUCAUCAAACUUGUAGGUCUAUGUCGUAUUUUAUUUAUCCAGUUUGAACAGGCUGUAAUGUCGGGUGGAUGGUCUGUGUUUAAUUCUCUAUCCGGUAAGUGUCAUGUAGGACGAUGUAAUUGACAAGAAACGGCAGUGUUGAUGCUGAUCUGAUUUUUUUUAGUUU